GGGGGGAAAAAAAUCCAAGGAUGUAUAAACUGAAGAUUUGUAAUGCAAACUUUAUCUUUUUCUAAGCUUGAAGCCUGCAGCAGUAUUUCAGAAGGAAGUAGAGAGGAAGCUUCUUUAGGGGGAAUGCGAAGCUGAUUAAGUUUGUAAGCUGCUAUAGCAAGUCUGUAUUGAGCAGAAUGAAUUUGGGUGAACAAGCUGAGCUUUUGACUUAAACAAUAAGAACAUAACUUUGAAGACUUUUUUUUUCCUACAGCUUAACAGAAUGUUGUCAGUUCUUUGUUCUCAAGAAAUGUAGUUGGCAAAAAUAAAUAUUAUAGGGGGGAUGCAGGUUGUAUUAAUCUAAAAAAAAAGCAACAUUAUUAUAUUGAAAAACAAGUUUAUCUAAAACUGAGAAGUUUUCUUUGCUUGUAGCUAACUGACAUCCAGAGGCUUCACGGUUUAGAUGAACACUCACUUUUUUUUGUUGUUUCUGUAAAUAUGCAGAACUUUAAUCUGUCACCUGCUACAGAAAUGGUGAGUCAAGCAUUUUAGAAUCAUAGAAUCACAGGAUGACUUGGGUUGGAGGGGACCUUAAAGAUCAUCUAGUUGAACCCCCUGCUGUGGGGUGUGUUGACAGCUCAUUGCCUCCCAACGGCACUUUGUGCUCAGAUAACCUGAGGAGAGAUUUGGUUCAAGUACCUGUAGGAAAAGAAAAUGCUAAUAUUUUAACGUCUUGUUUAAGAACGUGUUUUCCAGACUGAUGUCUAAAGUGUACAGAGGGGACUCUUUACUCCCACGUACUGUAUCUGGAGCGAUCAAUUCUUAAGAAGUGGUGCAGCAUAGGAGUGUGCCAAGACAUGCGAAGGGAGCACUAGGGUCAGGUUUGCAGUUGGUGUUCUGCUCAUCCUUCAAUACUUGUCUUACGUAUGGUUUAGCUGUAACAUAAUAAAGUCAAUUGUCUUUUGCUUCAAAGAUAAGGCAGCAUGUUGCUUGUUUCUCUACAAGAGAUGGUGGAAAUGUCAAUUACUCUGUCCCUUUGCCUUACUGAGUUAAAUAACCAACACUUGUGUAAGGCAUGAGAUGGUGGUGGUGAUCUUCCUGUGAAUACUGAUAUCUCUGUGGAAGGAGCAUACUGUUAUUCAAAACUGUGUCUUGCCUGCCAAGCACAGACUGCUUUUUCUUUUAAAACUGUACCAUAACUUCUAAGCUAAGUGAAUGAGUGGAGAGUGCUGCUGGUAAAGAAAUACUCCUUUUUUGUUGGCUUGCAGGAGAAAUUUCAAGCUUCUAAAAUCUUAGAAGUUAGCGGGGCUCACCAGAGCUGUAAGGUCAAAGUUUCAGACUGUUCUCCAAAGAGUAACUGUGCAUUUUAGUCAGUGAUAGGAUGACACAAAAUGUGUAUGACCUUUGGAAUAAGGGCAAACACUCACAUUCCUUUUGUGUCAUUUGGUGGCUAAGAUGAAGUGUUACUUGUGUUGGAUUUUGGAUGAUGGUGUUACGCUGAGCAGGAGAAGGCUAUGGAGCAGAAAGCUUUAAGCAUCCUAUUGCACCCCUUUUGGGGAUAUCCUUGGAGGUUGGAAGUUCACGUGAAAAUGGCGGACGAAGCUGUCUGUGUUGGCCCAGCUCCCACCAGCAAAAGCUACCUCAACAUGGAUGCCAUCAUGGAAGUCAUUAAGAAAACCAGGGCCCAAGCUGUACACCCAGGAUAUGGAUUUCUUUCGGAAAACAAAGAAUUUGCCAGACGUUUGGCAGCAGAAGGUGUCACCUUCAUUGGACCUGACACGCAUGCUAUUCAAGCUAUGGGAGACAAGAUUGAAAGCAAAUUGUUAGCCAAGAAUGCAAAGGUCAACACAAUCCCUGGCUUUGAUGGAGUAGUCAAGGAUGCAGAUGAAGCUGUCAGAAUUGCAAGGGAAAUUGGCUACCCUGUCAUGAUCAAGGCCUCAGCAGGUGGUGGUGGGAAAGGCAUGCGAAUCGCUUGGGAUGAUGAAGAGACCAGGGAAGGUUUUAGGUUUUCAUCUCAAGAAGCUGCUUCAAGUUUUGGUGAUGAUCGCCUACUGAUAGAAAAGUUCAUUGAUAACCCUCGUCACAUAGAAAUCCAGGUAUUGGCGGAUAAACAUGGCAAUGCCUUGUGGUUGAAUGAAAGGGAGUGCUCUAUUCAAAGAAGAAAUCAAAAAGUUGUGGAGGAAGCACCAAGCACUUUUCUAGAUCCUGAAACUCGAAGAGCAAUGGGAGAACAAGCAGUAGCUCUUGCCAAAGCAGUAAAAUAUUCCUCUGCUGGAACAGUAGAAUUCCUAGUGGACUCCAGUAAGAAUUUCUACUUCUUGGAAAUGAAUACUAGACUUCAGGUUGAACAUCCCGUCACAGAAUGCAUUACCGGCCUGGACUUGGUCCAAGAAAUGAUCCGUGUUGCUAAGGGUUACCCUCUCAGGCACAAACAAGCUGAUAUUCCCAUCAACGGCUGGGCGGUUGAAUGUCGAGUUUAUGCUGAGGACCCCUACAAAUCUUUUGGCCUGCCAUCCAUUGGUAAACUAUCUCAAUAUCAGGAGCCGUUGCAUGUGCCAAGUGUACGUGUUGACAGUGGCAUAGAACAAGGAAGUGAUAUCAGCAUUUACUAUGAUCCUAUGAUCUCAAAACUGAUUACGUAUGGCUCUAAUAGAGCUGAAGCAUUGAGAAGAAUGGAGGAGGCUUUAGACAAUUACGUAAUUCGAGGUGUGACUCACAAUAUCUCUUUAUUGAGAGAAGUGAUCAUCCAUCCACGCUUUGUUCAAGGAGACAUCAGCACUAAAUUCCUUCCUGAAGUCUAUCCCGAUGGAUUUAAAGGGCACCAGCUGACAGAUCGUGAAAGAAGAGAACUACUGGCAACAGCAGCUUCUUUGUAUGUGGCUGAACAACUGAGAUCGCAGCGAUUUCUGGGGACUCCAAGAAUUCCUAUUGCUAAAUCAAAGAGAAGUAGCUGGGAACUCUCUGUGCAUCUUGGGGAUGGGAUUUACCCUGUUGCAGUUUCAAAGGAUGGCUCAUCAUUUUCUGUGGAAGUUGAUGGGAUGAAACUAAACGUGACCGGCGAGUGGAACCUGGCUUCACCCUUGUUGUCCAUCACCAUUGAUGGCACUCAGAGGACUAUACAGCGGCUUUCUCGGGAUGCAUCUGGAAAGACAAGCAUUCAGUUUCUAGGCACAGUGUACAAAUUGCAAGUACUGACGAAGACUGCAGCAGAGCUGAGCAAGUACAUGCCAGAGAAAGCAGCAGAGGACACCUCCAGCAUCCUGCGGUCGCCCAUGCCUGGAGCAGUGGUGGCUGUUUCUGUCAAGCCCGGGGACAUGGUUUCAGAAGGUCAAGAGAUUUGUGUAAUUGAAGCAAUGAAAAUGCAGAACAGUAUGAUCGCUGCUAAAACAGGCAAGGUGAAAGCUGUGCACUGCAAAGCCGGUGAUACCGUUGGAGAAGGAGAUCUGCUGGUGGAACUGGAAUGAAAGGUUGCCUUCCUGCUGUUGAAUUACCUCAACCUUGGUUAUUUCCAUCCAUGAAGUAAAAUUAGAGCAAUUCAAGACAGACGAUGGACCUUCCUACGCAAAAGAUUUUAUAGAGCCAUAUUUAUUGUAUCAGUGGUUAAGACAGCAAACACAGAUGUUAAACCUUGGCAACAGAUCCCAGAUUUUUACUUCCAGAAAUACUUGUACAUAACCUUUGUAAUUCUUUGAUUUUUCAGGAUCAAGUAGAAUCAAUAAAAUACCAUUUCUGCUUUAAAA